AUGGAGACCCCAGCGAUUCCCAUGCCCAACGAUGCGCGGGAGCAGGAGAUUCUGCAGAAGCUCACGGCUAUCCGGGAUCAACUGCUGCUCCUAAAGAUGGACCGAACAAAGUACAUUCGGAGCCAAGAUGUCAUGGUGCAAUACCAGGAACUGGUGGAACAAGUCAAGCUGCUGAACGAGGUCCGAAAAGGGGCACAUCUAGGGGAGAACAGACUCGACAAGGUGCUCGAGAGCUGUUUCCAACUCAUCUCCCUUUUCUUUAUGACGAUUGGGCGAACGACCGACGUUCCCGCCGCCUAUGCCCUGACCUCGACUGUGAAGCGACUCCUCGAUCAUCUCACAGAAGCCGGUCUCUUCUCGCCAAAAGAUCUCGACAGCCUUUCGGAUACACUGGGAAGGUUGGAUGGGAUCUUGAAGAACGCGAACGCACAACAUUCACCAUACCUGGUCGAACUCCUUUCCAAACGCGAAGAGCUAUGCAAGACGAUGCUUGCAAAGUUGCGGGAAAAGCUGGACGAGCUGGAUAAACCUUUGCAGGCCAUCUAUGAGAGGUUAAUAUCUAUCAUGAGAUCAAUGUCGCUUGCCAACACCAAGACAAAGUUCGCCACAUCCGAAGUCCAGAAGCUGCAAGCAAAGCUCAAGGAGAUUGAAGAGUCCAGAGUGGAUGGCAAGUUUGUUGAUGAAGAAGGGAACGAAAUCCGUGGCAGCGACCUAGUCUCAGCACUUCUGGCGAGGUGUUUGAGGUGGUCAGAUAUCGUGUUGGAGAGAAAGGGGCAAAUACCUGAAGCUUUCAGAACAAAAUACGAGAUUCUCACCGGUGUGCGCAACGAUCUUGAAAAGCUUUCCAUCACGCAAGCCUGGUCCCUCCGAGAAACCGAUUUGUACGAUUUCCAACGAGAGCUCGACAAGAUUGACGAGAGUAGGGUGGACGGGAACUGGGUCGACGACGAGGGCAACCCUGCCGAACUGUACGUUCAACGAACGCUGCUUUACCUCAUCAGACGCAGCUACGGCUACAUUUAUUACCUGAUGAACUCGUCUGAGCCAGUGUCAGAGGCGUUGUUACCGGUGUACAACCAGUUGCAGACGUUGAAGAGGUGUCUGGUGGAGGUCAAAAACUCGGGAGGCGUGAGCUCGGUUAGGGAGUUAUAUCCUUAUAGCAUGAAGCUUAAUUCAAUCGACAACAUGCGCGUCGAUGGCAAGUUCAUGGUUGGCAACGAUAUUCCAGAGGGACAGGGAAGUGUCAGUGAGCUGCUGGCUGAGUGCUUUGACCUCAGCUACGAGCUCAGGGUGGCCGCGGAAGAACUGGAAGAUGGCAGUGCUGAUAGCUAG